UGGAGGAAAUCCAGUCCAGACAGAUGCAUUUCCUCCACUCCAGCAGGACCAGGAGGCUGCUUUAAAACCUGCAGCCCAAAACAUUUUCUUCCUCUCCACACGCCGACUCGCCAUCAGAAAGGAGGGAACUCUCUAGACCUCCACAAGCUCUUCCUUUUGUUCUCUCCAGAAGCCUUUCAUUGGGGCCCUCGGAGUCUGGGGACCCGACACAGCUGUGCAUCUGCAGGUCAGAUGUUGGUUUUUGGUUAUCUUUACAGCUAAAUUCAGGGCUCUUCUUCUGUCUCGUCCUCGUCAGCGUUUGUUUGGAGAAAUGAGGGCCGAGGUGCUGCUCGUCUGGGCCGCUCUGACGCUGUGCUGCGCUCCGGUCUGCGCUCGGCGAGACGAGGAGGACAACAAGCUCUCCAGAGGUCGGACUGAGGUGAGAGAACCUCGAGGGCUGGUGGAGCACAGGAGGCAGGAGGGGGAUGUUGGAAUGUCAGACGAGCCUGCAGCUGCAGUGGUGGAAGAGGAGAAGACUAAACCAAAGAAGAAGAAAACACCUGAGGAAAUUGAGGCAGCCAGGGCAAAGAAAGCAGCAGAGAAGGAAGCCAAAGCAAAGAAGCAGAAAGCCCCCAAGCCCACCAAAAAGCCCAAAGCCCCGAAACCCACCAAAAAACCCAAAGCACCAAAAGCCACAAAGAAGCCGAAGGCGCCCAAAGCCACCAAGAGACCGAAGGCGGCGACCACAGCGCAGCCGGACCUCAAACCUCCGUCUCUGGAUGAGGAAGAGGAGAAGCUGCUGGUUGAACUGGGCUGGGACACACUGUUGCGACCUGUGACCCCAAAGGGGCCUGAAGGGGCGGAACCCACAGAGCCAGACCUGGUCUCCAAGAAGUCGACACCUCCAACGAAACCUCACGACGAGGUGCCUGGUGGUUACCCUGACAACAAGGAAGUCACAACGCCUGAGGUCAUCAUGUACAUACCAGAGGAGACCACCACCGUCCCGUUUGUCGGCCCCUGGUACGAGGAGUACGAUUACGCCGACUUGGCCGCUAAGAAACAGGAGGAAGAGGAGGAGAGAGCUCGGAAAGAAAAGGCAGAAAAAGCCGAGCGGCUGAGGAAGCAGUGGGAGGAGGAGGAAGAGGAGAGGCUGAAGCAGAUCUCAGUGCCUGCAGAACCAAAAAAGUGUCCUCCUCUGGGCCUGGAGUCUCACCGGGUGGAGGACGACCAGCUGCUGGCCUCCUCUCAGUCUCAUCAUGGCUUCUCGGCUCAGAGGGGACGGCUCAACAUGCAGGGCUCCGACAACGACGACGACCUGUACGGCGGCGCCUGGUGUGCGGAGCCAGAAGAGACGACGCACUGGUUUGAGGUGGACGCCCGCCGAGAGGUGGAGUUCACUGGUGUCAUCACUCAGGGAAGAAACUCCGAGCAAAAUGAGGAUUUCAUGUCUUCCUACUUUGUGGCGUUCAGUAACGACAGUCGUGAUUGGACGACGCUGCAUGACGGCUACGCUGAAUGGCUGUUCUACGGGAACGUGGAUAAGGACACACCAGUGAUGAAUCAGUUUUCUACGCCCGUGGUGGCGCGCUACAUCCGCGUCCUGCCUCAGAGCUGGAACGGCAGCUUGUGUCUUAGGGCUGAGAUCCUGGCCUGUCAGCUUCCCAGCAGCUACCACAGUGAGAAUGAGGUCAACCCAUCAGACGAUCUGGACUUCAGACACCACAACUACAAGGAGAUGAGACAGAUGAUGAAGGUGAUAAACGAAGAGUGUCCCAACAUCACCAGGAUCUACAACAUCGGCAAAAGCUCUCAGGGCCUGAAGAUGUACGCCAUGGAGAUCUCUGACAACCCCGGAGAACACGAGACCGGUGAGCCUGAAUUUCGGUACACAGCUGGUCUCCAUGGUAACGAGGCGCUGGGUCGGGAGCUUCUUCUCCUGCUGAUGCAGUUUCUGUGCAAGGAGUACAAUGACGAAAACCCCAGAGUGCGCCGCCUGGUGGACGGAGUGAGAAUACACUUGGUGCCCUCGCUCAACCCUGACGCCUACGAGCUGGCAUUCGAGAUGGGUUCAGAGAUGGGGAACUGGGCGCUGGGCCAUUGGACUGAAGAAGGUUACGACAUCUUCCAGAAUUUCCCUGACCUCAACAGCAUCUUGUGGGGGGCCGAGGACAGAGGCUGGGUCCCUCGUGUGGUGCCCAACCAUCACAUCCCUCUCCCAGAAAACUCCCUGAAUGGCUCACUUGCUGUUGAGACAAAAGCCAUCAUUUCCUGGAUGGAACGCACCCCAUUUGUGCUGGGUGCUAACCUGCAAGGUGGAGAAAAACUGGUGGCGUACCCUUUUGACAUGCAGCGUCCGCCCAUUUCUUUUACCGACAGCCGGCGAUGGAGAGGCAACUCUGAGAUGAACGAGGAGACGUGGGCUCGCAUUCAGCGGCAGAGCGAGGGAGCCCUGAGAGAGACGCCCGACGACGCCAUGUUUCGAUGGCUGGCAAUGUCAUAUGCCCACAGCCAUCUGACCAUGACGGAGACCCAUCGGGGGUCCUGCCAUGGUGAUGACAUCACUGGGGGGCAGGGCAUCAUCAACAGAGCCAGCUGGAAGCCAGUGGUGGGCAGUAUGAAUGACUUCAGCUACCUGCACACCAACUGCUUUGAGUUGUCCAUCUUCUUGGGCUGUGACAAGUUUCCCCAUGAAAGUGACCUUCCUAUCGAGUGGGAGAACAACCGCGAGGCUCUGCUGUCCUUCAUUGAACAAGUACAUCGAGGGAUAAAGGGUGUAGUGAGAGACGUGGAGGGAAAUCCGCUGCCUAAUGUCACCAUAUCUGUAGAGGGAAUACGGCAUGAUGUCAAAACUGCUCUCGGUGGGGAUUACUGGCGGCUGCUGAACCCUGGAGAGUACAGGGUGACCGCCAAAGCUGACGGCUACACCCCUCAGACUAGACUGUGCAUGGUGGGCUAUGACUCCGGGGCCACUUCAUGCAGCUUCACCUUAGCCAAGUCCAACUGGGACCGCAUCAAACAGAUCAUGGCUCUCAACGGCAAGAGGCCCAUUCGACUUGUGACCAAAGCAGUGGUCAAAACAACUGCAGCCCCCGCGGUGGGGGUCGCCAGCACCACAGAGAGUCACGCCAGCGCUCAGAGGGCGGAGCGGCUCCGCCGGCUGCGCAUCCUGCGUUUGCGUCGGCUACGUAUGCAGAGAUUACGAGCCGGUCUGAGUACCAAACCUGCUACCACGACAACAACCACCACCACCACCACCACCACAACAACGACGACGACGAUACCUGACACAGAGAGAACCACCUCCUGGUACGACUCCUGGUUUCCUGUGGACAGCUGGUCCACCGAGAACCCGUUCGACAGCAUCAUCUUCGACUCGGUGCCCACACAGGACUAUCCCUUUGAAUUCACAAUCGAUUGAUCGAUCAGUACACUCACAUCUAUGUUACCAACCGCUGCAGUUGGCUGCAACAUCGCCUCUGCAUGAACACACAAAACAAAGGAUGUUAAUUAUUUAGUGCUCACAAAGUUUUCACCACAUUUUGGGUGGAGAUGAAACUUGUGUGAAAACUCUUCACAGGGAAUUGAUCUGGAAUAGAAAGCUUCUGCUGAGCAGAGACAAUACAGCACAAGUUUAAUCAGCUCUAUGUUCAAUUAAAGAAUAUACAGCAUGUCACACAAUACAAAGAAGAUAGGAUUAGGUACCUCCACAGUACAAAUGUAUGAGUAUCUUUAUGUCUCUGUAAUGGCUUUACAGUGUGAUCGCUGGCCUCAGUUAAACUGCUGAAUGCAUUUGAUUAAAAUGAAGUUAUUUUCUA